CGAAAAAAGCAUUUUAACAAAAUAAAGAAAAAAGAAAAAAAAGAAAAGAAAAAAAAAAAGUGAAAAAACAGAGCGAUCGGCAAACGAUCGACCUUCAAAUGACACCGAUUCACCGGCUUCAAUCGACGUAGAAUUGCCACUCUGCACACUGUAGCUGCUCACUUCUUCUCGAUUUCUGCUCGCACUCUACAAUGGUGAAGACUUACGUGAGAGAGAAUGUGCCUCUCUCUCGUUUUGGUGUCUUGGUAGCUCAGCUAGAAUCCAUUGUCGCCUCCGCUGCUCAACAACCUCCGGAUCCCCUUCUCUGCUUCGAUCUUCUAUCCGAUCUCAUUUCCGCCAUCGACGAAGAGCCCAAGGAAUCUAUACUGUUGUGGCAAAGAAAAUGCGAGGAAGCACUCUAUUCUCUACUCAGUCUUGGUGCCAGACGACCAGUGCGUCAUCUCGCAUCAGUAGUAAUGGCAAGAAUUAUAUCCAAGGGAGAUACAAUUUCAGUAUAUUCACGUGUUAGUAGUCUUCAAGGGUUUCUGUCUGAUGGGAAAAGGAACGAACCUCAUAAGAUUGCUGGCAUUGCCCAAUGUUUGGGAGAAUUAUAUCAGCACUUUGGGAGAAGAAUCACUUCUGGUUUGCUUGAGACAACCAUUAUUGCUGCCAAGCUUAUCAGAUUUAAUGAGGAUUUUGUGAGACUAGAAGCUCUGCGUUUGCUUCAGAAUGCUUUAGAAGGAUCAGGGGGUACUGCAGCUGCUUCAGCAUACACUGAAGCAUUUCGUCUGAUUACUCGUGUGGGAAUUGGUGAUAAAUCAUUCAUUGUUAGAAUAGCAGCAGCGAGAUGUCUGAAGGCAUUUGCCAACAUUGGAGGACCGGGGUUGGGGAUUGGAGAACUUGAUAAUUCAGCCUCCUUUUGUGUUAAGGCCCUGGAGGAUCCAAUUUCAUCUGUUCGGGAUGCAUUUGCUGAAGCUUUGGGUUUGUUACUGGCACUUGGAAUGAAUCCUGAAGCUCAGGUUCAACCAAGGGGAAAAGGUCCAUUCCCUCCAGCAAAGAAACUAGAAGGCGGUUUACAUCGGCAUCUAUCUUUGCCAUUCAGUAAAGCAAAUGGACCAAGGUUGAAGGAAAUUCGUGUUAGCCUUACAUUAUCUUGGGUGUUCUUUUUGCAGGCCAUUCGUCUCAGAUAUUUACAUCCAGAUACCGGACUCCAAGACUUUGCGCUGCAGGUUAUGGAAGUACUUCGUGCUGAUACUUCUGUAGAUGCCCAUGCAUUGGCUUGUGUGCUCUAUAUUCUUAGGGUUGGCAUUACUGAUCAGAUGACAGAACCCACCCAAAGGAACUUCUUGGUUUUUCUUGGAAAGCAGCUGCAAUCCGAAGAUGCUAGCCCUUCAAUGAAGAUUGCUUGUUUGCGUACUUUGUCUUAUACUCUGAAAACUCUGGGAGAGGUCCCGUCCGAGUUUAAGGAAGUACUUGACAACACAGUUGUUGCUGCAGUUUCUCAUUCUUCACAACUUGUACGCAUUGAAGCUGCUCUAUCAUUGUGCACAUUGACAGAGGUUGAUCCUAACUGUGUUGGUGGGUUAUUUUCUUAUGGAGUAACUAUGCUAACAGCUCUAAGAGAGAAUGUUUCAUUUGAAAAGAAUUACAAUUUGCAAUUGGAGCUCGAUUCUUUGCAUGGUCAAGCUGCUGUAUUGGCAGCUUUAGUGUCUGUAUCUCCCAAACUACCUCUUGGUUAUCCAUCUAGAUUUCCUAGGUCAGUUCUUGAAGUAUUAAAGAAAAUGCUGACAGAUCCCUCCCGCAAUCCUGUUGCUUCCACUGUAGAGAACGAAGCUGGAUGGUUACUUUUAUCAUCAUUAUUAGCCUGUAUGCCUAAGGAGGAACUUGAAGACGAGGUUUUUGAUAUUCUUUCAUUGUGGGCUAUGUUUUUUACUGGAAACAUGGAACAUGAAAUCAACCAAACUGGGGAUUUGACUUCUAAGUUAUGUGUUUGGUCUACUGCCAUUGAUGCGCUUACAGCAUUUAUUAGAUGCUUUAUUUCUCCAGAUGUCAUAAGUGCUGGGGUUUUUCUUCAACCAGUGAUUCUAUACUUGAGCAGAGCCCUAUCCCAUAUUUCAUUAUUAGCAACCAAGGAUCUUGGCAGUUCGAGACCUUCGUUAAACAUCUUGAUCAUAAGAACGUUAAUUGCUUAUCAGUCUCUUCCUGAUCCGAUGGUGUAUAAAAAUGACCACUCUCAGAUUAUUCAGUUAUGCACAACCCCUUUCAGGGAUGCCUCUGGAUGUGAAGAAAGCUCGUGCUUGAGGUUACUACUUGACAGACGAGAUGCAUGGUUGGGUCCUUGGAUUCCUGGAAGGGAUUCGUUUGAGGAUGAGCUUCGAGCUUUUCAAGGGGGAAAAGAUGGGCUUGUUCCGACGAUAUGGGAAGAUGAAAUUUCAAAUUUUGCUCAGCCAGAGACAAUAAACAAAAAAUUGGUGAACGAGAUGCUUCUGUGCUUUGGGGUUAUCUUUGCUUGUCAGGACAGCAGUGGAAUGCUCUCUCUUCUUGGAGUUGUGGAGCAGUGUCUGAAAACCGGAAAGAAACAGCCAUGGCAUGCUGCUAGUGUCACUAAUAUAUGCGUGGGGCUGCUUGCAGGUUUCAAGGCGCUUCUAUCUUUACGUGUGCCACCUGUAAGCCUUGAGAUUUUAAGUUCUGCCCAGGGUAUUUUUCAGAGUAUUAUGGCUGCUGGAGACAUUUGUGCAUCACAACGUAGAGCUGCUGCCGAAGGUCUUGGGUUAUUGGCUCGUCUUGGGAAUGACAUUUUUACUGCAAGAAUGAUCAGAUCGCUGCUUGGUGACCUAACUGGAAUGACAGACUCUACUUAUGCUGGAUCAAUUGCUUUGGCACUCGGUUGCAUACAUCGAAGUGCAGGAGGGAUAGCUCUGUCAACAUUAGUUACAGCGACAGUGAAUUCAAUAUCUAUGCUGGCUCGGAGUUCAAUUACCAGCUUGCAGACAUGGUCUUUGCAUGGACUUCUUUUGACUAUUGAAGCUGCUGGCUUGUCCUUUGUAUCCCAAGUUCAGGCGACUCUUGGCCUAGCACUGGAUAUCCUUCUAUCAGAGGAGAAUGGAUUAGUUGACCUUCAGCAAGGAGUCGGUCGCCUAAUAAAUGCUAUUGUUGCUGUUCUUGGUCCUGAACUGGCCCCAGGGAGCAUUUUCUUUUCACGUUGCAAGUCCGUUGUUGCAGAGAUAAGCUCCUGGCAAGAAGCGUCAAUCAUGCUUGAGAGUGUCCGAUUUACUCAACAACUUGUUUUGUUUGCCCCGCAAGCCGUUUCUGUGCACUCCCACUUGCAAGUUCUUCUCCCAACAUUAGCCUCUAAACAGCCAACAUUAAGACAUCUUGCCAUAUCUACUCUUCGGCAUCUUAUUGAAAAGGAUCCAGUACCCAUCAUCGAUGAGCAAAUAGAAGAGAGCUUGUUUCAUAUGUUGGAUGAAGAAACUGAUUCAGACAUUGCAAAUAUGGUGAGGACCACAAUCAUGCGCUUACUCUAUGCAUCGUGCCCUUCAUGCCCCUCUCACUGGAUAACAAUAUGUCGAAACCUUGUUCUUGCUACAUCAACAAGGAGAAAUAUUGAGUAUAGAUCCAACUCAGAAAAUAAUCCUUCAAAUGCUCAAGACAGUGACUUAAAGUUGAACAUUGGAGAUGAUGAUGAGAAUAUGGUUUCUGGCCACAGUAGAGUUCCAACACCAGGACAUGCUCUAGAGUCUUCCAAUAUUAUGAUUCAGAGGGAUAAGCACCUUAGAUAUCGAACCAGAGUUUUUGCUGCCGAGUGUCUGAGUCAUCUACCUGAUGCGGUUGGAAUGAAUGCAGCUCAUUUUCACCUUUAUUUAGCAAGGAAUCAAUUGGCUAACGGGCCCACCUCUGGUGAUUGGCUAGUCCUUCAUGUGCAAGAGCUUAUUUCACUUGCUUAUCAGAUUAGCACAAUUCAAUUUGAAAGUAUGAAGCCAAUUGGCGUUGGACUCCUAAGUUUGAUUAUUGAUAAGUUUCAACACAUAGCCGAUCCUGAGCUUCCGGAUCACCUUCUAUUGGAGCAAUAUCAGGCCCAAUUAGUAUCUGCAGUUCGCUCUGCCUUAGAUACAUCCUCUGGCCCUAUUCUUUUGGAGGCAGGACUAAUGCUGGCCACUAAGAUCCUCACGAGUGGAAUAAUUGAUGGUGAUCAAGUUGCUGUUAAGCGCAUCUUUUCAUUGAUAUCACGGCUAUUGAAUGACUUCAAGGAGCUCUAUUAUCCUUCUUUUGCUGAAUGGGUCUCAUGCAAGAUCAAGGUUAGACUUCUGGCUGCACACGCCUCUCUCAAAUGUUACACGUAUGCACUUUUGAGAAGACAACAGAGUGAAGUUCCACACGAGUAUCUAGCCCUGUUACCAUGGUUUUCAAAAACUUCGACUAUAUUGGGAAAGCACUGGAUUGGGGUUCUAAUGGAUUACUGCCAUACCUGCUUAUUCUUGCAUCCCAAGAAAAAAUGGAAUCCAUUUCUCGAUGGAAUUCAAUCAUCUCUGGUUAUAUCAAAGUUACAAUCUUCAUUAGAAGAAUCUUGGCCAGUUAUUUUGCAGGCCAUUGCACUGGAUGCAAUUCCAGUGAACUUUGGUGGGAUUGCAAGUUCGUCUAUUAAUAAUGCAUUGGAAAACAACUUUUUAUCUGGAUAUAGCAUGGUUGAACUGGAAUCUAAUGAAUAUCGAUUUCUGUGGAGCUUUGCUCUUUUUUCUUUGUUUUGUGGCCGUCAUCAUCCUGGCAAACAAAACAUAUCAUCAUCUUCUACUACAGCAAAUGUGGUUGAGGACUCUCCAAAGGAAACUACUAAUUCUAUAGAACUAAAACUCUAUGAAAUUGUACUACCAGUGCUCCAAUCUUUGUCAACUGUAAAGUUCUUUAGUGCAGGAUUUCUUACCGUUGAUAUCUGCAUAGAACUUCUUCAGGUUUUCUCAUAUUACACGUUCUUGGAUAUCUCUUGGAAUUCUCUCGCAGCGUCUGUGCUAUCCCAGAUGGUUCAGAACUGCCCAGAAAGUUUUCUUCAAAAUGAAGAUUUUGCUUAUCUGGCAUUGGAAUUAUGUCUGGCUUUCCUUUUUCGAAUGUAUCAGAGUAUGAACUCUAGACAGCUAGAUCAUCAUCCAAAUUGGGAGGAUUUGAUAUCAUCAUUAUUUAUUACAGUUAAGGUACUCAUGGAGCGCUUUGAAUUUAAGAAACAAAUACCAUCUUUGCUGCUGGCCUUUUUCUCAGUUGGACUCAAAUACUUUAGGCACACGUCAACUGAAUUCUGCUUAUCUAAAGUAAAUGAUUUUAUUAGGUCCUUUGGCCAUAUACUAGAGAAACUUAUCCAAGAUGGAACAAAGCUUGGUGAGGAUAGUCUCUGUUCUAAAAAACUUCUUGGAACUUGUAUGAAUUUGGUUGUGGAUUCAUGUAACAAUUGUAUUGAGGGAAUUCAUAUGGUUAAGAACAAAAGUUCCAAGCUCCAGAGACUACUGCUAGUAAAGCUUGCUUUUUCUCUAGAGCAAAUUAUUUCACUGGGAAAGCUCGUUUAUCUUGCUGGGUGUCUUCAAGCAGAUGCUGAGGUUGAGAAAGUAUGUUUUUCUGUUUUCAAAUAUGGAACUGAAUGCAUCGGAAACGUACUUCAUGAUUCAGAUUUGCAGGUUCAAGCAAUUGGAUUGCAAGUACUAAAAGGCAUGACCCAAAAAUACACAAAUAAUGAAGAAAAAGCUUUCCUUCUGUUCUUUGUUGGGGAACUCAUUGGAGAUGUUUUGACAACAAUCGAUACGAUGUUGAAGAAACCAAUAACUAAAGAAUCAAUAGCGAUCGCAGUUGAGUGCUUGAGAUUCUUAGUGUUUCUACAAACAGUAUCCAAAGUCGGUGAAUGCCAGAAAACUUUUAUGAAUCUGCUUUUAGAAGCCAUAGUCAUGGUUUUCUCUGCAUCUUCAGGCUCUAAUCCCAGGGAGCUUGAAGAAUUGAAAAGUACAUCAAUAAAACUUGUUUCUCAUCUUGCUCAGAUACCUGCCUCUGCCGUUAUUUUCAAGGAUGUCAUUUUGUCAAUGCCAGUGAUGCAUCGGCAACAACUACAAGGGGUUAUUCGUGCUUCUGUCACACAGGAUCAACAUCCAACUGAGAAGAAUCUCCCAAAACCAAUGCUAGAGAUAAAAGCACCCGCGAUAGAGGUGAAUAGAGAAAAAGAUUCCUCCCCGCACACGGCUGAGUCCAGCAUUGAAAACAAUCCUGCGACUGUCGGCGAAGAGGAUGAAGAUGAGGAUGACUGGGAUACUUUCCAGUCUUUUCCUGCUUCCACACGAGAAGUGAUAACCGAUAACGUCACAGAAUCUCAUGAAACUGAGGAAGUUCUUGGAAGUAGUAGUCUUGGUGUUAGCAUGGAAGACUCCACUCCUCUUCCAAUUGAUGAAUCGAAGAUUGAGAAUGUGGAACAUGAAGAAACCAGUGAAGAGGUAUCGCUGUCUAUAUCUUCAUCAGGUCAGAGAUCUUCAGACGGAGAUCUAAUCAGCGAUCGGAGUGGAUCGCAAGGAGUCAGUGAUCGAGAAAGUGGAAAUGUUGAUAUUGUUCUCAAUCAGGAACAUGGCACAGAGAAUGAAGCUUUGCCAGGAAAAGAACUAAGCCAAGCUUCUGCUAUAGUCAGCUUGUUCGGGGUUCACAAACCAGUUGGUGAAAGCCCAGAAAACGAAACCCCGAUGCCUUCAGACCGUGAGAUACGCGAUGAUGAAGCAGAUAAUGAUCGUGUCAGAGUAUACAAAGAAGGUGAUGAAAACGAUACCGUGGUUAAAAUUUCGAGCGUUGAGAAUGAACAGAGAAAUGACAGUUUACGAUUACCAAUAUAGAAACAUUGUUAUAGUUGAUCCAAUUUUCAGGUUUACAAUAGAAUUGUAUUGCCAUUAUGAUUGUAGGUUAAAUAUUAAGGUUUUUCUUAUUUAUUAUUUAUUAUUUUAUGUGUUGGCUAAAUUUUGUAACAGGGGACAUGACAACAUUGGUACAUUGAGAAUUUAGUUGCCUUAUUUUAUUUU